AUGGCGAACAAGGAGAAGCUUCCAUGGGAUUUAGUGGAAGAGAUCCUCUCUUGUGUCCCUCCUAAACCUCUUAAACGAUUCAGACUCGUUUGCAAACGAUGGAACGCUCUCUUGGAAGACAAGGCAUUCAUCAACAACCACAAGUCGACGUUUCGAUUCAUUUUAGCAACUGAAUCCAAGAUUUAUUCCGUAAGCGUCAAUCCCAAGAUAGAGGUGCGUGAGCUUACCUUAGGCAUUCCCGGUUUCAAAUCUAAAAAACCUAAAAGCUUGAUGGAGUGCAAUGGGUUAUUGCUAUGUGGGAUGGGUGAAGGAGCAGUGGUUUGGAACCCUUGGUUGAAACAGACUAGAUGGAUCAAACCGGACGUUUACCAACCUGGUUUACAAUUCUGUGGCAUAGGUUAUGAUAAUAAUGGUGUUGCUGGUGGUGAAGUUGUCUACAAGACCCUUGCGGUUUAUCGGAAGGACUUAGGCUCUGCCAGUAAGUGGAAAAUCCAUGACUUUGCCUCUGAUGCGUGGGAAGAUGAGGGCCGGUGCCAUGUAACAAAGAAGAUUGAGGUUUGGGUGACCAAGAACAAGAUUCGUAAAUCGGGUGGUGAAGAUGUAGAAUGGAUGAGGUUCAUGCAAGUGUCGGUUCCUAACUUGCCGGAUUUAGUACCGACCGGAUCUUCCUCUCCGCCAAGUUACUACAUUGACAACAAAAGGCUCGUCGUGUGUUCUUGCGAUGAAACUGGUCGGGCUUGGAUCUAUGUUAUGGGGGAAAAGAAGUUGAUCAGUAAAAUUCAAUUGGAGUCUGUGGUUGGUCAGUGGCCUUUGCAUUGUACGUUUUUCCCCAGCUUGGUCCAAAUUUCUGGAGUUAAAGUUGAAAAAGAAGAAGAAGAAGAAGAAGAAGAAGAAGAAGAAGAAGCAAGAUUACAAGUUAAGUUUUCUUGCGUUUGGCUUCUUGUUUGGUUGUUGAGGAAGCUAAAGUCUUUUUUUGCUCUUUUGGCAAAAUAA